AGAGAGUGUUAGUAGAGAGAGAGAGAGAGAGGCGGUCUUUCUGGUCUUCUCAGGGGCGCGAGAGCGGGGAGCGGAGCUGCCCCGGUUUUUAGUGAGAGAAAGAAGGGAUUUACUACUGAUCGGAUUUCUUCCUGUCGGGAGCUGGUCUGAUUAUUGAGAUUUGGUAUUUCAGGGGUGAGAAACGGCUAGAAAGAGAGCGUUUUGACGUGGAUACCUACAUAGCAGAAAAGGAAGGAGGUGUAUCGCUUUCUUGGUUGCCUUUUCUUUUCAAAAUCGUUAAGAAAUCACAAAUUUUCAUAAGAACAGUGAUCGUUUUGACGAGAAAAUUGUUAGUAGAGGGAAACAAAAGCUUCCCAGUUCAAAUCGUAGUUAUAAAGUUACAAGAUCUGAUUUUGUCAAAUAAGAAAGGGGCAUUGUGGAGUUGAAUUUCAGAGACCUGUCAGGUUUUCUAUCUAUUUGAACCUCAAAAGGAAAAAAAAAAAAGAAAGGAAAAAGAAAAAAAUAGUUGAUGCAAAGAGAUAUCAUUUCGUCUUUUACAUCAGAUAAUCAUAAGUAUCGUAAACUAGAGGUUCCAUUCUUGUGAGAAGGAAGAAGGGAGCUUUUCCAUGUGUAAGAGGAGAAGGUCGUGGAAUAGAUUGCACGGUCGAUUCUCUGGUCGAAGAAUACGUUAGUUUUUCUCGCCUGUGUUUCUGGUGUUGAUUAUCCUAAGACGAAAAAGCUAAAAAACCACAUAAAUCAGCUGAGAGAGCUACAGUUGUCUGCAGCACCAGAGAAGAAAGUAGUGGGAAAUCGUUUUGGAGGGGGAUCAUCGCAUUUGAGCUUUCAGUCUUUUGCCUUAUUGAGCAAAACAUUAAUACUGGUGCUUUCAGUCUUUUGACUUACUGAGCAAAACCUUUUAUACUGGUGAUUAUUGGAAAAAUGGCCACAGUUCCGGGUUUUGUUUUGCCUGUGAAUAAUUCAGUAAUAUUGCCUUCUCUGAAAGCUCAGAAAGGUCUCGUUGCUCCAAGUUCUCGAAGGAAUUCAGUGUUCUGUAGAUCAGUAUUGAAGCAGAAUGCACGAGAGGUGAGAUCAAUUGAGAAGAAGUUUUUGGGGACAAGGGUUCGGUCUGGUUCUGAAAGGCUGCAUUUAUGGAGGUCGGAGGGGCCUGGUCGUACUCCAAAGCUUAGGACAGUGGUGAAAUCCAUGCUAUCAGGGGUGCCUACUGAGCGACUUGGGCUUUAUGAUCCAUCUUUUGACAAGGAUUCAUGUGGGGUCGGCUUUGUUGCUGAGCUCUCUGGUGAAUAUAGCCGAAAAACUGUUUUGGAUGCACUGGAGAUGUUAGUUCGUAUGUCACAUAGAGGGGCCUGUGGUUGCGAAACUAAUACCGGUGACGGGGCUGGGCUCCUCGUGGGUCUGCCUCAUCAGUUUUUCUCUGAGGUUGCUAAGGAAUCUGGAUUUGAAUUACCUCCUCCUGGUGAGUAUGCAGUGGGCAUGUUCUUUUUGCCGACAUCUGAGGUUCGCUGUGAAGAAAGCAAGAUCGUAUUUGCUAAGGUUGCCGAAUCAUUAGGGCAUGUUGUACUUGGGUGGCGUCGUGUUCCAACCGACAACACUGGCUUGGGCAAGUCUGCUCUUCAAACAGAACCUGUAAUAGAGCAGGUGUUUCUUACCCCCAGUUCAAGGUCAAAUGCUGAUUUUGAGCAGCAGAUGUAUAUAUUGAGGCGGGUUUCAAUGGUUGCAAUCCGUGCUGCAUUGAACUUGCAGCAUGGUGGAGUGAGGGACUUCUACAUAUGUUCUCUUUCUUCUAGGACUGUUGUUUACAAAGGUCAGCUGAAGCCUGUCCAACUGAAGGACUAUUACUAUGUAGACUUAGGCCAUGAAAAGUUUACGAGCUAUAUGGCUCUGAUCCAUUCUCGCUUUUCAACCAACACUUUUCCCAGUUGGGAUAGAGCUCAACCAAUGCGUGUAUUAGGGCACAAUGGGGAAAUCAACACACUCCGAGGAAACGUGAAUUGGAUGAAGGCACGCGAGGGUCUGUUAAAGUGCAAGAAACUGGGGCUUUCAAAAAAUGAGAUGCAAAAGCUUCUUCCCAUUGUGGAUGCUAGUUCGUCUGAUUCAGGAGCUUUUGAUGGUGUCCUAGAGCUGCUUGUUCGAGCUGGAAGAAGUUUGCCUGAAGCUAUAAUGAUGAUGAUACCAGAGGCAUGGCAAAACGAUAACAACAUGGAUCCUGAAAGAAAGGCAUUAUACGAGUACUUCUCUGCUCUGAUGGAGCCAUGGGAUGGACCAGCACUCAUAUCAUUUACUGAUGGACGCUACCUCGGAGCAACACUGGACCGGAAUGGGUUGCGCCCAGGUCGUUUCUACAUUACACACAGUGGAAGGGUUAUCAUGGCUAGUGAAGUUGGGGUUGUGGAUAUCCCCCCUGAAGAUGUGCGCCAGAAAGGGAGACUUAACCCUGGAAUGAUGCUCUUGGUUGAUUUCGAAAACCAUACAGUAGUUGAUGAUGAGGCACUGAAGAAGCAGUACUCCCUCGCGAGGCCUUAUGCAGAAUGGCUUAGUCGACAGAAAAUAGAGCUCAAGGAUAUUGUGGAAUCUGUUUCAGAGAAUGAUAGAGUUCCCCCACCCAUAAAUGGAGUUGCACUGGCUGAUAGUCAUGAUGAUAAUAUGGAAAAUAUGGGCAUCCAUGGGCUGUUGGCUCCACUAAAGUCAUUCGGUUAUACUGUUGAAGCCCUGGAGAUGUUGCUUCUACCCAUGGCAAAAGAUGGUACUGAAGCUCUUGGUUCUAUGGGUAAUGAUGCAGCAUUGGCCGUUAUGUCCAACAGAGAGAAAUUGACAUUUGAGUAUUUCAAGCAAAUGUUCGCGCAAGUUACAAAUCCCCCUAUUGAUCCUAUUCGUGAGAAGAUAGUCACUUCCAUGGAAUGCAUGAUAGGACCAGAAGGUGAUCUCACAGAAACAACUGAGGAACAGUGCCACCGCCUCUCACUGAAAGGCCCACUUCUUUCCAUUGAUGAGAUGGAGGCCAUUAAAAAGAUGGAAUACAGAGGUUGGUGUAGCAAGGUUCUUGACAUCACCUUCUCAAAAGAUCGUGGGCGCAAAGGUCUUGAGGAAACUCUUGAUAGGAUUUGCUCCGAGGCUCGUGCUGCAAUUCGUGAAGGUUACACUACAUUGGUGCUGUCUGACAGAGCUUUCUCAUCAAAGCGUGUAGCUGUAAGCUCGCUUUUGGCAGUUGGUGCUGUACACCAUCAUCUAGUUUCAAAGCUCGAGCGCACACAGGUUGGCUUGAUAGUGGAGUCUGCUGAGCCACGAGAAGUGCACCAUUUCUGCACCCUUGUUGGAUUUGGUGCUGAUGCUAUAUGCCCAUAUUUGGCCAUCGAAGCCAUAUGUAGGCUCCAAAUAGAUGGCAAGAUCCCUCCUAAAUCAAAUGGGGAGUUCCACUCGAAAGAAGAUCUCAUCAAGAAAUAUUUCAAAGCAAGCAACUAUGGAAUGAUGAAAGUUCUUGCAAAGAUGGGGAUAUCCACAUUGGCCUCUUACAAGGGUGCCCAAAUAUUUGAAGCUUUGGGUCUCUCUUCUGAGGUUAUCCAAAGGUGUUUUGCAGGAACUCCUAGUAGAGUUGAAGGGGCUACAUUUGAAAUUCUUGCUCGAGACACACUUCGCUUGCAUGAGAUGGCUUUUCCAAGUAGGAGUUUGCCUCAGGGAAGUGCAGAGGCUGUGGCUUUGCCCAAUCCUGGGUCUUACCACUGGAGGAAGGGAGGGGAAGUGCAUCUCAAUGAUCCUCUUGCUAUUGCAAAGUUGCAAGAAGCUGCAAGGAUGAACAGUGUCGCCGCGUAUAAAGAGUACUCUAGGGUUGUGAAUGAACUGAACAAGUCCUGCAACUUGAGGGGUAUGUUGAAAUUUAAAAAGGCUGAUAGCAAGAUUCCUCUGAAUGAGGUGGAACCAGCUAGUGAGAUUGUGAAGCGCUUCUGUACCGGAGCCAUGAGCUAUGGGUCGAUAUCCCUCGAAGCACACACUGCCCUGGCCAUUGCGAUGAACAAGAUUGGGGGCAAAUCCAAUACAGGUGAGGGAGGUGAGAAGCCAUCCCGCAUGGAGCCUCUUCCUGAUGGUUCCAUGAACCCCAUGAGGAGUGCCAUCAAGCAAGUUGCUAGUGGGAGAUUUGGUGUUUCUAGCUACUAUCUCACGAAUGCUGAUGAGCUCCAGAUUAAAAUGGCUCAGGGUGCCAAACCAGGUGAAGGAGGUGAGCUUCCUGGGCACAAGGUUGUCGGUGACAUUGCAGUCACAAGGCAUUCCACUGCUGGUGUUGGUCUCAUUAGCCCACCUCCUCAUCAUGACAUCUACUCCAUUGAAGAUCUUGCUCAAUUGAUCCAUGAUCUCAAGAAUUCAAACCCUGGGGCUCGGAUCAGCGUCAAACUGGUCUCUGAAGCCGGUGUAGGUGUAAUCGCAAGUGGCGUCGUGAAGGGUCAUGCAGACCAUGUCCUGAUCUCAGGCCAUGACGGUGGCACCGGGGCUGCUCGAUGGACCGGUAUAAAGAAUGCAGGGCUGCCAUGGGAGCUUGGCCUUGCUGAAACCCACCAAACCCUCGUUGCCAAUGACCUUCGAGGCCGAACUGUUCUCCAGACUGAUGGCCAGCUCAAGACUGGACGAGAUGUGGCCAUAGCUGCCCUUCUUGGUGCUGAAGAAUUUGGGUUUAGCACUGCCCCCCUAAUAACACUAGGAUGCAUCAUGAUGAGGAAAUGCCAUAAAAACACAUGCCCAGUUGGCAUUGCAACCCAGGACCCAGUUCUUAGGGAGAAGUUUGCAGGCGAGCCUGAGCAUGUGAUUAACUUCUUUUUCAUGCUCGCUGAGGAGGUUAGAGAGAUAAUGUCAGAACUGGGGUUCAGAACCGUAAAUGAAAUGGUGGGGCAAUCUGAUAUGCUCGAGGUUGAUCAGGAAGUGGUUAAAAACAAUGAGAAGCUUGAGAACAUUGACCUCUCAUUGCUUCUUCGACCAGCUGCUGAUAUCCGACCUGAGGCUGCUCAAUACUGUGUGCAAAAGCAGGACCAUGGCUUGGACAUGUCAUUGGACCAGGAGCUAAUAGCUUUGGCCAAACCUGCUCUGGAGAAGGCCAUGCCCGUGUAUAUGGAGAUGCCCAUUCGUAAUGUGAACCGAGCUCUGGGGACCAUGCUUAGCCAUGAGGUUACAAAACGAUAUCAAAUGGAUGGACUUCCUUCUGAUACAAUCCAUGUGAAGCUGACCGGAAGUGCAGGCCAGAGUCUCGGUGCCUUCCUCUGCCCUGGAAUAACCCUAGAGCUUGAAGGUGAUAGUAAUGAUUAUGUUGGAAAAGGCCUAUCAGGGGGGAAGAUUAUUGUUUACCCUCCUAAAGGGAGCCUGUUUGAUCCUAAAGAUAACAUUGUUAUUGGAAAUGUUGCUCUUUAUGGGGCUACAAAAGGGGAGGCUUAUUUCAAUGGGAUGGCUGCUGAGAGAUUUUGUGUUCGUAACUCUGGUGCUAGAGCAGUGGUGGAAGGAGUUGGGGAUCAUGGGUGUGAGUAUAUGACUGGUGGCAUAGUUCUGGUUCUUGGGAAGACGGGGAGAAAUUUUGCAGCUGGGAUGAGUGGAGGUAUUGCAUAUGUGCUGGACCUGGAUGGGAAGUUCAAUUCUAAGUGUAACCCUGAGUUGGUUGAUCUUGACAAGGUUGAGGAAGAAGAAGAUAUUAUGACUUUGAGAAUGAUGAUACAACAGCACCAGAGGCACACCAAUAGUGAAGUGGCAAAGGAGGUGCUUGCUAAUUUUGAGGCCCUUAUACCCAAGUUCGUGAAGGUGUUUCCAAGGGACUAUAAGAGGGUUCUCGAGAACAUGAAGGCAGAGCAAGCAGCAAAAGAAGCAGAGAGAGAGGCCGAGGAGCGUGAGGAAAUGGAGUUGAUGGAGAAGGAUGCCUUCGAAGAUCUUAAGAAGAUGGCUGCAGCAGCAGCAUCAAAUGAUAAGAAAGUUGAAGAGGCAGUGGCUUCAAACAGGCCUACACGAGUUGACAAUGCAGUCAAGCACCGUGGUUUUAUGGCUUAUGAGCGUGAAAGCAUCUCAUACAGAGAUCCCAAGGCUCGGGUAAAUGACUGGGAAGAGGUUGCUGAAGAGGGAAAGCCAGGACCUAAAUUGAAGACGCAAUCUGCUCGAUGCAUGGACUGUGGGACUCCCUUCUGCCAUCAGGAAAACAGUGGCUGCCCUCUUGGGAACAAAAUUCCUGAGUUCAAUGAACUGGUAUACCAAAAUCGAUGGAGGGAAGCAUUGGAUAGACUUUUGGAGACGAAUAACUUCCCAGAGUUCACCGGGCGAGUAUGCCCUGCUCCUUGCGAGGGCUCAUGCGUGCUUGGCAUAAUUGAGAACCCGGUGUCUAUUAAAAGCAUCGAGUGUGCCAUUAUUGACAAAGCCUUUGAAGAAGGUUGGAUGGUGCCUCGGCCUCCCCACAAGAGAACUGGGAAAAGAGUUGCUAUUGUGGGUAGUGGUCCAGCCGGCUUGGCUGCAGCCGAUCAGCUGAAUAAGAUGGGCCAUCUGGUGACAGUGUACGAACGUGCUGACCGUAUUGGUGGGCUAAUGAUGUAUGGAGUCCCAAACAUGAAGGCUGACAAGACCCACAUUGUGCAGCGCCGUGUUAACCUCAUGGGUCAGGAAGGUGUUAACUUUGUGGUGAAUGCAAAUGUUGGAACUGACCCAACUUACUCCCUCGAGAGGCUUCGCAGUGAAAACAAUGCCCUUAUCCUCGCCUGUGGUGCUACAAAGCCAAGGGAUCUUCCAGUUCCUGGGAGGGAGCUCUCAGGCGUUCAUUUUGCCAUGGAGUUCCUUCAUGCAAACACCAAGAGCUUGCUUGAUAGCAAUUUGCAGGAUGGUCAAUACAUUUCUGCAAAGGGAAAGAAGGUUGUGGUCAUAGGAGGCGGUGAUACUGGUACUGAUUGUAUAGGGACCUCAAUCCGCCAUGGCUGCACAGAGAUGGUGAAUCUGGAACUUCUUCCAGAACCACCACAAACCAGAGCUCCAUCCAAUCCAUGGCCUCAGUGGCCCCGCAUAUUUAGGGUAGAUUAUGGGCACCAAGAAGCAAUCACCAAGUUUGGGAAAGACCCCAGAUCAUAUGAGGUGCUUACUAAGCGAUUCAUAGGUGACGAUAAUGGUAAUGUGAAGGGCCUCGAAGUGGUGAGAGUGAAAUGGGCAAAGGAUGCCUCGGGCAAAUUCAAUUUCCAAGAAGUUGAGGGCUCUGAAGAGGUUAUCGCAGCAGACCUCGUCUUCUUGGCCAUGGGAUUCCUUGGACCUGAAUCGACGGUGGCUGAGGGUCUAGGGGUGGAGAGAGAUGGUCGGUCCAACUUCAAGGCAGAGUAUGGUCACUUCUCGACCAGUGUGGAGGGGGUGUUUGCAGCUGGGGACUGCAGGCGGGGCCAGUCACUGGUUGUGUGGGCUAUCAAUGAGGGUCGCCAAGCUGCAGCCCAAGUGGACAAAUUCCUUGUGAAGAAGGAAGAGGCUCAAGCUACCUCCACACGCUCUUCUGCAAAGAAGCUGCAACAACAGCAAGACAAGCAUACUGUUAUGACCUAACAAAAAAGAAACACUGCAGAAUGAUAUUGUACUGGCAUUGAGGACUCAGUCGCGCGCUCUCAUUAUUCCACCUCUGUCCAUUACUUGUUGGACAAGUGGCUCUCUAGACAUGUGUCAGCCAUCUAAUGGCUGCUGUUUGAGGGGUGGCACUGGGUCGGUUGGAUCCAGUGGCUUCGGAGUGGUCUCAUGGUUUUACCGAGCUCUCGCUCGUCAUUGGGUUUUGUUGUGACGGAGGAGCUUUCCUUGGUUUGGAUGGUGGUGGUGUCUAUGUUUUUCUGUUUGGUUUUCUUUGUAGCAUUUGUUUACUGUCCUGUUGGUUUAUGGAUUUUGGGUUUAUAUUGCUAUUUAAGGUGCAAUAAUGCAAUAAUGUACAGUUUGGGAUUUUUUGGGUUGAGAGUGAUUGAUAAUAGAUAUAAUUUAUGGCCUCAAUGAGAAGCCUUGUCAUGAAAAACUCGGUUCGUAUACAAUUAUAAAUUGUACAGUAAAA